UAAAAUCUAAGACUUUCAUGUUAAUCCUAGAUAAUACUGCAGUUUGGUACAUUAACAAUAAUCAGAUUACAGUGAAUGUCAAUGUCAUUUGAUCUUGAAUGAUGUAGAGCAUGGUAGUGGAACUAUUGCCCUCUCUUUCUACAGAAGGAUGACCUGAGUUCACUAUGUCUCAACAGCUGCAGAUGUCUGCUUCAAGUCAUCUUUAAAAAUGUGGCUUUGUUUAUUCAAAUAAUGAUUUUUGAUGGCAAGUCAACAUACAAAUGUUGUGUAAGAAAUCAGUAUACAAAACUACCUUCUACAUAUAUACCACUGAAUUACCACCUGCUACAGCAAUUUUCAGAUUUGUGUUCUCAAUUUAAAAAAUUCUAUCCUACCUAGUCCUUCCAGCUAAUUUAAUUCAUGUGCUUCCUUUUUGCAUCUCCCUCAUUCUCCACAAUCUUUAAUCUGAUUGGUUGCAAGAUGACUAAUGCCUAGUUUAUUUCUGGUUAAUCUAAUUAAGUAAGAACCUAGGAUUGCGAUGUCAGUGUAUUAAUAGAGGAAGUAAUGCUUCCUGUAGUAAGGACAGCAAUUCUGACCUUUUAGAAGCAGGUCAAAAAUAAAGUAAGACAAGCUGCAAUAAUAACAUCAACUCAUUUUCUGAUAAUAUAGCUUCAAGUAAGAUUAUGGCUCAUGGACUGCAGAUAAAAGAUGAAGAGAGUGGCUAUAAUAAAAACCUGUUUUGCAUUCCUAAGCAUUAUGAAGAAGACUUAGAAAGAGUUUUCAUUCCUCAUGGAGUCAUCCUGGACAGGACAGAACGCUUGGCUAGAGAUAUCAUGCAAGAUAUGGGAAACCACCACAUUGUUGCACUCUGUGUCCUUAAAGGAGGCUAUAAAUUCUUUGCUGAUUUGUUGGACCAUAUAAAAGCACUAAAUCAAAAUGGUGAUAAAUCUGUCCCCAUUACUGUGGAUUUUGUGAGAAUAAAAAGCUACUGUGAUACACCUACAGAAAAAAUGAGUAUUGUUGGAGAACUGUCUACACUAAAUGGGAAGGAUAUUAUUAAGACUGGUAGAACAAUGAAGGCACUACUUUCAGAACUAAAAGACAAUGAACCAAAGAUGGUAAAAGUUGUAAGCUUGCUCAUCAAAAGGAUAUACCGAAGUCCAGGCUAUAGACCAGACUACAUAGGUUUUGAAAUUCCAGAUAAGUUUGUGGUUGGAUAUGCUCUUGACUAUAACGAAUACUUCAGAGAUCUCAAUCACAUCUGCAUUCUGAAAGAGAGAGCCAAAGAGAAAUAUAAAAGUAAUGUCAGACUUCUGGAGUAACAGUGUGGAUGAAUUUGGUAACCUGCUACUCAUGACUGUUUCACUGAAGAACUGCAUGUUCCUAAGGAUGCUCUUUUGUAUAUUUUUCCUAUAAUGUUAUGUGAAACAGCUUAAGAAACAUGAAUGAUUAAGUUUCAGUGAAACCUUAACAAAAUGUUGGCCAUAAAAUAGAUAUAUUCUACUGGAAUCAUAGGAGAUACUGCCAGGACUUGCACAUGUGUAUAUAACUAUGUCUGGGCUUUUAUUUACUAUAAUAAGUAACACAUCAUGUACAUUGUAUAAAAAAAUUGUUACUUAAAAUAUAUACACCUGGAUAACACUGGAAAAAAUAACCAUCAUGGUAAUUAAAGUGAGAUUAGUACUUCAGCAUUCCAUGUCACUUUAUGUGGUGUUUAUUUUUAUUGUUUGCUGAGGGAAGAGGUCUCACCUUUCUCACAUUGUUGUGACCUUAGUUGAAAUUCAAUAAACAAAUUAUUAGCUGUUAAA